AUGCCCGGGCUCCCAGCUUCCGUCGACCUCGACGAGUGCAUCUCGCGCUUAUAUAAGAGGGAACUUCUCGCCGAAUCCGUCAUCGAGGCCAUUUGCGCCAAAACGAAAGAGCUGCUGAUGCGCGAGAGCAACGUCGUUCACGUUCGCGCCCCCGUCACCGUCGUCGGCGAUAUCCAUGGUCAAUUCUACGACCUGAUCGAGAUCUUCAAGAUUGGUGGCUGGUGUCCAGACACCAACUACUUGUUUCUGGGAGACUACGUCGACCGCGGUAUGUUCAGUGUCGAAACGAUAUCUUUGCUUGUGUGCUUGAAACUUCGAUACCCCAAUCGCGUGCAUUUGAUUCGAGGCAACCAUGAGUCUCGCGGCGUCACCCAGUCCUAUGGUUUCUAUACCGAAUGUUCAAGAAAAUACGGAAACGCCAACGUAUGGCACUACUUUACCGACAUGUUCGACUUUCUGACUUUGAGCGUGGUCAUCAACGACAAGAUCUUCUGCGUCCACGGCGGCCUCUCCCCAUCCAUUCACUCCAUCGACCAAAUCGUAAUCAUCGACCGUUUCCGCGAGAUUCCUCACGAAGGCCCCAUGGCCGACCUAGUCUGGUCUGAUCCCGAUCCCGAGCGCGACGAGUUCUCUCUCAGUCCACGUGGAGCUGGCUAUACCUUUGGCGCACAAGUGGUCAAGAAAUUCUUGGCUGUAAACAAUAUGGACCACAUUCUGAGAGCACACCAGCUAUGCCAGGAGGGCUUCCAAGUUCUAUACGACGAUCGCUUGAGUACAGUAUGGAGUGCGCCUAACUACUGCUACCGAUGUGGAAAUAUGGCUAGUGUUCUGGAGGUCAGCGAUACCGGCGAGAGGUUUUUCAACGUCUUUGCUGCAGCACCAGAGAAUGACCAGCAUAAAGACAUGCAGCUGGGUGGUGGAGAGAAGCAGGCAGAUGGCAACUCCCUUCCCGAUUACUUUCUGUAA